AUCCGAGGGCACCAUGUGGCCCAGUUGGACCCCCUCGGCAUCAUGGACGCCGAUCUGGACUCGUGUGUCCCCACUGACAUUAUCACCUCCUCCGACAAGCUGGACCUGGCUGUGUUCGAGGAGAGGCUGAGAAUCCUAACGGUAGGAGAGUCAGACUGCCAGUCUCAGAUUAGUGUCGGCUGCAGACGGAGCGGUAAACACCAGAAUCCUGUCAGCUGCUCUUUGUGUCUGUGGAGCUGUUGUAUCUUUCCUCACAACCUUCCCCCUCUGAGGAGGAGGCGAGGAAAGGAAGUGAGGAAAGUGAAUGACGGGCUGAGCAGUGCCCCGUCUGCCUGCUGUCUUUAGAGAGACUCUGCUUCUUGAAUGGCCGGCUUGGCUGUCAGUCGUGUGAUUGUGGCGUUUGAUAACGUGUGUCAGCUUUCUGAUUGGCUGAAUCCGCUGUCAGUCUGUUCAGCUCAGCCGUCUGAUUGGCAGGUUGAGUGUAACAGGAAACAUUUAAGGUGGUCGUGUAGUUUAAGGACACUGCGGGAUCCUUUAAAGUCCUGAUUUGUAUUUGAAGUCAAAGACAAAAACACUUCCCUCUACUUUCUCUCUCCAUCUUUUCUCUCCUUCAUAACCCAUCCUCCUCUAACUGCCCCGUAAUCAGUUUGAAGUUGCAAAAUAACAAUUAAAUGCCCAUAAUUCCCCCCAACAUGCCUCUUCCUCGCCGCUGUCAUGAACACAUCGCUGCUCUCUGUGGAGCGUUUUUCUUUCUGUUCAUUAAAAUCUGAAAGCAGCUCUCGGCCAGUGGACCCGUCAGCUUGUGGACUCUUCACCCUCUGUCUCGUCUUCCAGGAGACCGGUGCUGAUACACUGGGGGUCAGCAGAGGUCAGGAAGUGGCUCAGAAAUGAUGUCGCUCUGGAUGACAUCAGUACAGAGAGCAGAAACACACUCUUUACAUUAUUAUUCACUUUGAUUACCACCAAAAACUGUAUUAACAAACGUCACAUAAACACCUUGAGUUUGGGUAUUUAACGCUCUCUGGUGGACGAACUAACUGUUCUAGAUAAUCUUAAAUGUUUUUGUGCAUCUGUCAGUGAUACCAGCCAUGCAGACGUGCCAGUAAUCACACCACAACCAUCUGUGUGAGACACUUUUUCAGAGGAAACUUAAUUUGUGUUGCACCUUUUAAUACAUAAAACUGUCUUAAAAACACAUUCAGAUAAAUUAUAUUGGAGGCAAACAGUUUAAAGUACAGUAAUAAUGCUGAAUAAUCAGCUGUGAACAGAACAAGAAGACACUGUAGGUGUCACACAACCUUUCAGUAACUUUUACACUGCAGCCUGAACUUAUCUACACACUUUAUUAACUCACAGUAACGUUCCUGUCCCUCACACAGCGGGUUGGUGGACUGCUUUAAUAAAGCACAAGUAGUGAUUGUGUAUACAGAUAUAUAACACAUCUGCACUGCUGCCAUCCAGACUCACUCCUGAAUGUUCAUACGGGGUUAAAGUUCAUACAGUUUAUACUGAUGAUGACAUUGUGGUCUCAGACCUACAAACCUCCUAUAGAGAUUUUACUGCAACUAGUUCUGUGAAGUUGUGUCUGAUUUCUGUGAACAACCAGCAGCUUCUGGGAGAAGAACAGCAGCAGUUACCUGAGGAGCUGCUUCAGUUUAAUCUCAGUAGAAACAUGUUUCUGUCUUUUAUCCAAAGUCCUGAUUAAAGUGAUAAAGUGAAUAGUUAAAAGAACGUAAGUGAACCUGCAGCUUCUUCAUCCUCCUGAAGGUUUUGUGCAUUUUUGAAUUCUACGACGCCGUAUUAAUGGUAAAAAAUGAAAUGCAGGGGGCGAACGGAGAUAUUCUGAGAUUAAAGUCAAACAUUUAUGAGAAAACAAAUUGUAGAAAUAAUAAUAAGUUGGUGGUGCUGAGAGAAAGUGGGUCUGUAUAACGAUGUCAAACUAAAUGCUUCAUUUAGACGACUGGGAUCAUUUUAUAUUUAAUAGUUAUUAACAUCAUUUACACUAAUUUAUAGAGAAUAUCUAACAAAUGUAUGAGUUUAAUCUCAGAAUGAAUUCAGAUCAGAUAAAACUUUAUUUAUCUUCAGGGAAGUUUUUUCCAGUACAAAGAGAGUGUGAAUAUAAAAUACCAAUAAACGUAAACAAUGUUGAAAACAUGAGCAAGGUUGAUGGAUUAUAUGUUGCUGUAUAUCAGAAGUCUCAAACUACAGAGAUUGUCUUGGGGCCACUGCUAUUUAUAUCUAACAGGAGGCCGAUUCAACGAUCGAUCACAACACUAAAACAUGAUUCUGGGAAUAUUUCCAUCUCUAACAUCAAACUGCAGUUUCUGUACAUUCUUAUAAAACCGUCUCUCUUCUCUUCAACCCUUCGCACGGAUUUGCGGGAACUUUGCAGCAUUUUCCUGUAAAUAGAAUUGUGUUUUUAUUUUUGAAUUAUAUAUGACGAAAUAGUUUAAAUUUAUAUAAAACAAUUAUAUUUUUGUCAGACGUGGCCCCCGGGCCGACAGUUUGAGACCCCUGCUGUAUAUGCUGCAUACUGUAUAAGUAUGAGAAGUAGCAUCAAACUUCCUGAGUAAUAAAUCUCAAACAAGUGAGGAAAUAUUAAAGGAUACAAGGUUAGAACAAGAGUAUUGUAAUUGUUUACCAUCAGUUAUAGUUUGUAGUUACUCUCUGCUGUACAGUGAAUCCUGCACACUGGACCUUUAAAGGAUCAGUCUGCUGAUACUCUGUAUUCGUGCUGCAGAGUCAAACAUGUAGGUUCAUGUUUAAACAGAGACAUUUGUUGGGGACUACAGCGUAACUAAAUGAGCUACAGUGUGUGGUAAUGAA